UGUGUCGGCCGCGACUGGCCAGCAGAGCGAGUACCUCCCUUCCUCCCUUUCCCGUCUCACUCCCACUCUUUCUCUCUUUACCCUUCGCUCUUCUUUCUCUUUCUAUCCCUUGUCCUCGAUCGAAAGUCCUACGGAAUUUUUACAUCGCCUUGAGGGACCUCUUCGAGUCAUCGAUCCGAAUCACGAUGCGUUCUCCUUCGUAUUGCACGUACAUUUACUCUACUCCCUUCUUCUUCGGUAAUAAUCAAGAGAGAAAUGGGGGAGGGAAUUGUCUCGAUGAUACGCACGAAUCAUUGUUCUCCGAUCUUUCAACAUUUUUCGAUUUGUCAUUUACACUUUGAUUAUCUUGAGUUUCCUCUCUUCCUCUUCUUCUUCUUUUUCUUUUUUUUUUUUUUUUCUUUUUUGGAUUUCUUUUCUUUUUUAAUAUACACGCCCAAGCGAUCAGUGAUCGAUCAUAGACUUUAUUUCUAAUGUUCCUAAUAUGUUAAUUAUCGAUUUCAACAAGAUACUUUUGUCGAGUAUCAAAUCGACCUCGAAAAUCGAUUCGAAUAGUAAACUCUUUGAAUCGUUGAUAGUCGACUCGUUCGCCGUUAGUCGUUAAACUAACUCCGCUCGACUUCGACAUCUUUGACCUUUGACAAUUGCCGACUCGCGUCACCAUCGUAGAGUAGUAGGCUCGAACGUUCGCUCCUUCUCAAGAAGGCAUUUCUCAUGGUAACGUGCCGUGAUCAUUAUUGCGUUGAGUCUACCUACCAAUCGAGAACGGUUUAUGCACGUCGAAUGGCCUUCUCUAUCGAACGACUCGAAUCAAUCUCCGUCGGGUGUUUUAAACGCGAAUUCACAUCGGUAUUGCGAUCUUGUCUUGGACUUUCCACGAUUCGAAGACUCGUACGGUCGAAGAAGUCUAAGGAAUCGGAGAAGACGGUGCGGAUCGGGCAAUUAAGCGAGACCGGUGCCGCCGAUCUUUGUCUCCUUUACAAUCUCGACGCAAUUAAAUCAGAUAUUUCAGGCGGCGCCGUUUAUCGCGAUUCUACGAAAAGCGCAUCGGCGACCGGUCGUGUACGAUAAAAACCGGGCCCUAUGUACCCCCCACCAUUGCUAGCCCUUCGCUUCACCGAUCGUUUUUCUUUUCAGGAUUCUCGACCAUCGAUUUAUUCUUCUCUUCCCUCUCGUAUCGUCCUUCCUUUAGCUGUACGGCAGAAGCAGAGAGAGAGAGAGAGAGAGAGAGAGAGAGAAAGAAAGAGAGAGGGAGAGGGAGAGAGAGAGAGAGAGAUCGAUAAAUUCUUAGUCUUCUGCUUACAACAAUAAUAUUUGACAAUGUGCAUAAAUAAUCAAAUAAAAAUAUCACGUUUUCGAUUUUCUUAAAGGGACUAAUAUAAUUAUAUUUAAAAAAAAAUCGAUACUUUCAACACAUUCUCGUAAUAUAUUAAGGGGACCGAAAAGUAAUGUCGCUUUCUUAAAUUAAACUUCAAACGAAUAAAUUUUUAACAAGUUUUUAUUUUUAAUCACAAUCAAAUAUUGACAUGCUCAGAAACGACAUUACUUUUCGGUUCCCCUAAUAUAUCCACAAAGUGAAUCUUUUAUUUAUUUUCUAACAUUUUCACAAUCUACUCAAGAAGGAAAGAGAUUGUGAUGUGCAA